CCGCCAGGGGGAGCGCCUGCGCCGGCGGCGGCGGGGCCUCGGCGGGUGCGCUGCGCGGCGGCGGCGGCGGCGGCGGGCUCCCUCCCGCGUCCCACCUCCCCGUCCGCCCGGCCGCCCGCCCCCUCCGCCCCCUCCGGCGCCAUGCGCAGGCUCAGUUCCUGGAGGAAGAUGGCGACGGCCGAGAAGCAGAAGCACGACGGGAGGGUGAAGAUCGGCCACUACAUCCUGGGGGACACGCUGGGCGUGGGCACCUUCGGCAAAGUGAAAGUUGGCAAGCACGAACUGACUGGGCAUAAAGUCGCAGUGAAGAUACUCAACCGACAGAAGAUUCGAAGCCUCGAUGUGGUAGGAAAAAUCCGCAGAGAAAUUCAGAACCUCAAGCUUUUUCGGCAUCCUCAUAUUAUUAAACUGUACCAGGUCAUCAGUACACCAUCUGAUAUUUUCAUGGUGAUGGAGUAUGUCUCGGGAGGAGAGCUAUUUGAUUAUAUCUGUAAAAAUGGAAGGCUGGAUGAAAAAGAAAGCCGGCGGCUGUUCCAACAAAUCCUUUCUGGCGUGGACUAUUGCCACCGGCACAUGGUGGUCCACAGAGACCUGAAACCGGAAAACGUGCUGCUGGAUGCACACAUGAAUGCCAAGAUCGCUGACUUUGGUCUUUCAAACAUGAUGUCAGAUGGUGAAUUCUUAAGAACAAGUUGUGGCUCACCCAACUAUGCUGCACCAGAAGUAAUUUCAGGAAGAUUGUACGCGGGUCCGGAGGUAGACAUAUGGAGCAGUGGGGUCAUUCUCUAUGCCUUGUUAUGCGGAACCCUUCCAUUUGAUGAUGACCACGUGCCAACCCUUUUUAAGAAGAUAUGCGAUGGAAUCUUUUAUACCCCUCAAUAUUUAAACCCUUCAGUGAUUAGCCUAUUGAAACACAUGCUGCAGGUGGAUCCCAUGAAGCGGGCCACCAUCAAAGAUAUCAGGGAACAUGAAUGGUUUAAACAGGACCUUCCAAAGUAUCUCUUUCCUGAGGACCCAUCUUACAGUUCCACCAUGAUAGACGAUGAAGCCCUGAAAGAAGUGUGUGAGAAAUUUGAGUGCUCAGAGGAGGAGGUGCUGAGCUGCCUCUACAGCAGGAACCACCAGGACCCGCUGGCGGUCGCCUACCACCUCAUCAUCGAUAACAGGAGGAUAAUGAACGAGGCCAAAGACUUCUACUUGGCGACAAGCCCACCGGACUCUUUCCUCGAUGACCAUCAUUUGUCUCGGCCCCACCCUGAGAGAGUGCCCUUCCUGGUGGCUGAGACUCCCAGGGCGCGCCACACCCUCGAUGAAUUAAACCCACAGAAAUCCAAACACCAGGGUGUGAGGAAAGCAAAAUGGCACUUGGGAAUUAGAAGUCAAAGUCGACCCAGUGACAUCAUGGCAGAAGUUUGUAGAGCCAUUAAACAACUGGAUUAUGAAUGGAAGGUUGUGAAUCCAUAUUAUUUGCGCGUUCGAAGGAAGAACCCUGUGACAAGUACCUACUCCAAAAUGAGUCUACAGUUAUACCAAGUGGAUAGCAGAACGUAUUUAUUGGAUUUCCGAAGUAUUGAUGAUGAAAUUACUGAAGCCAAAUCAGGGACUGCGACGCCACAGAGAUCGGGAUCCGUUAGCAACUAUCGGUCUUGCCAAAAGAGUGAUUCGGAUGCGGAGGCUCAAGGGAAAUGUACAGAAGCUUCUCUUACCUCAUCUGUGACCUCACUGGACUCUUCUCCUGUUGACUUAACUCCAAGGCCUGGAAGUCACACAAUAGAAUUUUUUGAGAUGUGUGCGAAUUUAAUUAAAAUUCUUGCACAAUAAACUUAAAACUUUGCUUAUUUCUCUGAUAGCAAUAAGCAUGCAUAUUAAAUUAUAGCCAAAUGCUUCCAUUUAUAAUCAAGUUAUACAUAAUUAUAACUGAGGAUUAGCCUUUUGGAAUGCAUUUUGCACAGGGAUUGGAACCUGGUUUAGUUAAAAGCCUAAUGCGCAAAAAAUGAAUUAAGGUAAUUCUGUUCACUGUUUCAGUAGGCAUAUAGCAUCCUAAAAUAUACACAAUGAAUUAUAGGUCUCUCAGGCUCACUUGAUUUUUGGCUCUUUUAUAUUUAGUGUACACAGGGCUUUGCAGAAUAUUAAUUUACCAUAAAGGCCUUCAUUUGUUAUUACAUGUUGUGUUAUAUAUUUGCUUCAUAAAUUUAUUCAAUAAAUAUUUGCCUAGAAUCCCCAGAGAACUUUAUGGGUGAUUUUGUUUUCUGGGCUCCUUAACUUCUUAGGCAGCACGUGUCUUCCAGCAGUAGGGAUGGCAUGGAGGACUCAUCCAUAUACCCCUCCCUAAGUAUUCUAUAGUGGAUGGUGAGUCACAUCGAAGAUUAGAUACAUGCAAGUGUUCUCUUUAGUUUGGUUUAGUCCAAAAACACACACAGAACCAAUAUUUAGAUUUCUAGGCAUUGCGUUUAAUCUUAACAAUUUGUCCCUAUAAUCUGUACAUACAUUGCUUUUUGUCACAAGAGCUGAGUUGCAUAUACUGUGAAUACAUCAUGUUGUUUUUGCCAAUCUUACCAAUUACUUUGUUCCUCCUGUCAGUAUUGAAUGUAUGCAAACACUUCUUGUUAUUCGAUCAUACAUCUUUUAAAUCGAUUCAUUGCACAGAGAGAACACCUCUUACAAACUAUUUAAAGGUUCAGAUGUGACUUUUGCUUCCAGAUUUCAUUAUAAACAUUUGUAUAUGUGUGUCUACCACUUGGAUUCAACACUUGUUAACCUGUUGCCAUAUUUGCUUUAUACUUAAUUGUGUAUAUGGAUAUAGUUAUACAUAUAUUUUUAUAUAUAUGAUAUGCUCUUCCCUGAAACAUUUGGAUGUUGCAGACCUACUCGUUAUCCCUCAACACGUCAAGCAUGUUCUAAAAAUUACUUAAAAAAAUAAUAUUGUCCCUAAAAACCAUAAUCCUGUUAUAAAAAUAAUUCCCUAAUGUCAUUUAAUCAUGCAUUUUUAGAUUUUCCCAGUUGUUCUCCACAUUUCUUUUAUAGCUUGUUAUUUCAAACCAGAUCCAACUAAAGUUUACACAUUGCAUUUGGUAAUGUCCUCUUAGUUAGGUAUAACACUUUCAGUAAAAUAUGGAAAUAAUUGGAUAGUUUUAAAUGGUCACAUUUGUUUUGAAUUUUAAGUUACUUUUAAAAAGGUAAUAUGGGAACUGCCUAAGGAUGCUUAAUCUCCCUAAGAUUUCUGAUUUAUAAUCUUUUUCUUGCUCUUAGCAAUAGUGUUACAUAACAGGUAUAAAUGAAGAUUUAAAGUCACCUCAGAUAAAAUUGCUAUCAUGUGUAUGCUAAUAAAAAAAAUAAAAGUAUUAUCCAUAUUCGCCUUAUACAAUUUUAGCUUCAAGAAAUGGACAUUUUUUCCUAUUAAUCAUUUUUCCAUUGUAAAAGCUUUUUUUUUUUUCUUUCUUUCUCGUUUAAGACUGUUAUUAUAGGGUAUGUUUGUUUUGCCUGUGUGGUUUUUUCUUUGCAAAUACAGUGAGCCCCUGUGUAAUUGGAUAGCAACAUACUCAGAUGUCACGAUGGCUUGCACAGAACUGUAGUUGUUGAUUAUUUGCCUCCAGCAUCCCUAGAAACAUGCACUGAAUCCAAAAGAAAAAUCUUGGCUUCUUUCUGUCCAGGGCUUGUUCUAUUCCAUUUAGAGUCUGAAAGCUGUAUAAUAUGGUAGGAGUUCCUUUUAGGUAUAAGUUCAAAACUGUAUUUUAAAUUGUAUGUGGCCCUCUGUUUAGAAGAUACUGACUUCUGUAGGCUCUCUAAAUGCAGCAUUGUUCCUGAUGUUAGGAACAGAGACUGUAUUUUUAAAGUUACACAGUUGUACAUAGAACUAAGGCAUUGCCGUAAUGUCUCUGUAAGCUGUAUGGGACUUGGGGGGGCGGGGAGACAAAAGGAGGAACCAAUUAAAUAGGAUCUUCUAGAAAUUGUUACUUUUGUACACUUUGCUUCUUUUUAAGUUAUUGUGAUUCCUUUUAGUUACUGAGUUUUGUUUGGAAGAUAUUUAAAUAUUGCACUUGUACAAAUAGUAUGAUAAAUGCAUAGACUGUUGCAGUAAGUUCUUUUUUAAGCUGGGAUAUUUGAAAUGACAGCUUUUCAUUGCGUAUGUAAAGGUUGCAUCAGAAUUUUCACGAGUUUAUUGUCGUUUGCAAAUUCUUACUAAUUGAAGAUGUAAAGGAGUCAAUGCAAAUUAUUUUUAAUCUUUUUUUAUCUUUUCAGCAAUUUAUAUUUUUUGUGAUUUUAUGCAACCAUAUUUUUACUUUGUUUUGACAACUGAAAGAUGUAUAAGGUUUUUUGCCAGAAAUGUACUAUAUACAUAGUUUUAAAUAUAACAGAUUUUACUGAUAUGUAAAAAUUUUGCCAUUAAAAUAAAUGAUUUCUCACCGAGAGGAACUUUUCUACCACGUUGGGGGAUAUGGGAGCUUAAUAUAUCAUAUCUAAUUUAAAAUAAUUUCACUGAAAUAAAAUUCAUUGCUUUUACUUUGA